AUGUGUCGGAUCGCUAGUUUCAAUUCAGACUUUGACAUGUGCCUAGUCACCAAUGACUGCCAGUCACUUCGUACCAUUUCGAUGAUUUCGCGUCGAGUUUCGUUUAACGCCUUGAACCAGCUUUGGUCGUUGAUCACGCGCGUAGCUUCAGAUAAAAUUGUGUCCAAGAUGUUCCUGAGCAAAUCGCGCGUUCCGCUAAUCACCCUAGAAAUUCAGUGGUUUUCGUUUCCUUUGCAUGUCGACAUUACCUGCAACAGGGUCGAUGAGCGCUUUCCCAUGAUUAUGCUGGUUGUCAAGCACUGGGCUAUCAGCGCCGGUAUAAAUAGCGCUUUUGAAGGAACUUUAGGCAGUUUUUCAUUGGCACUUAUGGUAAUUCAUUAUCUACAGUGCGGAGUGCAUCCUCCGGUGUUGCCGCAUUUAUUUCGCCUUUUCCCGGACGUCUUUAAUGCUGAUAUACCUGUCAGCUAUCUGACCGACUCGAAUCACCUUUCGGAUCUCAGAGGAUUCGCGUGCUGGAACAAAGACACUGUUGGUGAACUGUUGAGGGGCUUUUUCGAGUACUACGCGUACCGAGUUAACUUUGACACUAAAAUAGUGUCCGUGAGGCAUUGCUGCCUCUAUGAUCGACCGAAAGGCUUUAAUGAUGGAAACUAUAUAUUUGUCGAGGGUCCAUUUGGAAACGAAAACACUGCACACAACGUCAGGGACCACAGAAAUUUCAUGAAAAUCAUUCACGCGUUUAGAACAGCCGCGCAACUUUCGCGCUACUUUUCUUUGGACGUGCUGUUGAGUGAGGAACGGUACACAACGAAAGAAGCCGGAACAUGA